UUUACUCUUCCUCGCAACUGAAACUCUCCUGUUUCUCCCUACUCUAUCGCCAUUCCCUCCAACAAGGUUGACAAGAUCCUUUCUUUUACAGAUUCUUCUCUCUCUCUCAAAAAAAAAAAAAUCCCAUCUUUGAUGUUAAAGUUUUGGAAAUGAAUCCAGCGAGUUCGUCCCGAGUGAAAUACACAGAGCAAAGAACAGUUACUAACAAGCUAGUGAAGCCAUCAAGCAAUUGGUUUUCCAUGGAGUCCAAACCCAAAGCCCCUAGAAUUGUCAGGAUUUCUGUCACCGAUGGCGAUGCCACGGAUUCUUCUAGCGACGAAACCGAACAAGAGAGACAUCGGAGAGUGAAAAGGCAUGUGAAUGAAAUCAGGAUCGAAGAUUGUUCCAGAUUCAAUUUCACCAAGGUAGCAAACAAGCAAAACAAGCAAACAAAUAGUAAGAGCAAUCCUGUAAAUAUCAGAUCAAGGAAGCAACAACAGCAGCGAUGUUUGUCUAACGGAGUGAAAUACCGUGGGGUUCGACAAAGGCCAUGGGGAAGAUGGGCGACUGAGAUCAGAGACCCUACGAGUCGAACCAGGGUUUGGCUUGGGACUUAUGACACUGCUGAAGAAGCUGCUUUGGUUUACGACAGAGCUGCGAUAAGAAUCAAAGGUCCUGACGCUCUCACAAACUUUGUAAAGCCUCCUGUGAGACGUCCCCCACCAGGGAUUGAACUUGAAAUGAGUUUCGGGUAUGAUACUGGCCAAGAAUCUCAGUCUCUCUCUUCACCUACUUCUGUACUCAGAUUUCGGUCCAAUGAAGAAGCUGAACUUCAAACCGAGUCCAAAGAUGACUUCUUGGAGCUUAUAGAAAGUGGGUGGAAACCUGUUCAGGAACUCCCAGAAGAACUAAGAGACUUGUCAGAUGAGUAUUUAUUAACAGAUCCGGGGGCUUUAUGUGAUUACUGUGAUUCUAAUAACCCUGUACCAAUAUUUUUUGAUGAAAUGAGGCUACCAGAAGACAGCAAUUUCGAACAGGAUUAUGCUGAUAUUUCUGUUGAUUUUGGGUCUUGUACGUGGGAUGUCGAUAAUUACUAUUAAGAUCAGUGAAAUUUUGCUUGAAACAGUUCCCUGGUGUUGCCGCCCUGGAAUGUUCAGACGCUAACCCAGUUGCUGGUAAAUACUUUGCCGUGCGUGAUUUAUGUGAAUGUAAUGGUAAAUUCCGAGUGGAAUUUUGGAUACAUAUUCACAGUUUUUUAGUACUUUUUUUCUAAGUGUGUUUCUCUACUACAGUGUGUAAAGAAAUGCGAAGUAAAUAUGUAAAUUCUUGUUUUUUUCGAAGGGGUUCUUUUUCGUGGAUGGCUUCUCUUCUUUUGUGAACUGAAUAGGUUCGGUGUGCAUUUCAAUUGGCGUGGUCAUUGUGUGUGUGCUUGGAAGCGUGCUUUGUGUUUAUCGCUUUCUUCAGAAAAGAGUAUAAUCCGAUUUAUUGCUCGUUCAGUUCUUUGCUUUAGAUCUUUUUCUUGUCUGUGUAUUUAAUGGGGGUCCAUGAGAUAUUUUAUUUUAUUUUUAAUCUUUGAUUGGGGCAUUGGCGCGGGACUCAAAAGGCUGCCAAAUUAAGACAAAGUUGGGUUCCCAUGUUCAAUGGUUCGCCACCUUAAGACACUUGCUCGCCAUAAACUCUAUCUGAGAGCCAUUCUUUUUAAGCAUGGCUUCCUAUUCCAUGCCACAUGUUCUCCGGUUCAAGGUUUUAAUGCCUGUCAAUC